AUUGGCAGAAAAAAAUAUUUGUGCUACGAAUAAUUAACCCUUUUUGCCACGUUCUUUGCUGAAUUAAACCUCUGAAUUAAGUUGAUUUUGGUAUUUGGAACAUCAUUUCAACAUGAAAAUCUACACAAAUGAAGGGAAUCCCUUUGGCCUUAAACUGCAACUUUUAGCCAAGUUCGCAAAACGUGAGGUGGUUGUGGAAAAAGUUAACCUAAAUGAUGCCAGCGCCAAGGAUUUGCUUUUAUUACCAACAUUUGAACUGGACAAUGGAAUCAAGUUGUUCUCCACAGAUGCUGUAGCAAAAUAUCUCUUCCCUGAUGAAGGAUUACAGAGGGAUGAGUGGCUGGAGUGGUCUACUACAUUGUUGGCGCCUGCUUUGGUUCACAAAAUGGGUGUUGGUCAUCGUGCUAAUCCAAAUGCCUCGCCCGUCCUCAAUGCUCUAGUUAAGAAACUGGAAGAUUGUUUAUCGAAAACGCCAUUCCUAACUGGAGACAAAUUGUCAGCUGCCGAUAUUUCUGUGUGGUCCCUAUUGGCCCCUGAUGGUACACUUAAAGGUGCUCAGCAUAUUGACAAUAUUCUGGUGUGGUAUCGUAAAAUCACAGCCAUGCCAGAAGUAAAGGCUGUCCUUGAAAGCGAACCAUUGAAGGAUUUGACUUUCAAUGCUUUGCAGAAUUCCAAUCGUUUUGGCGGUCUUUAUCAUGUUCCUCUGAAAGUACCUGCUUCAUCUGCUGAUGCCGGUAAACUAUUGGCUGAUGCUGGUUCUAAUUUGGCUGAUACACUAACAGAGGAAGAAAUAAUGAUGGCACGCAAUAACUUUGUUUAUAACAAACCCGUUGAACGUCAAGAGGCACGUACAGUUCUUCCCAAAGCUGGCGAACGUAAUGUGCUGAUCACAUCUGCUCUGCCAUAUGUCAAUAAUGUCCCACAUUUGGGCAAUAUAAUUGGUUGUGUAUUGUCUGCAGAUAUAUUUGCAAGAUAUUCACGUUUAGCUGGCUACAAUACACUUCUGAUUUGUGGCACAGAUGAGUAUGGUACAGCAACCGAAAAUAAGGCUCUCGCCGAAGGCCUAACACCACGAGAAAUUUGUGAUAAAUAUUUCGAAUUGCAUAACGGCAUUUAUCGUUGGUUUGGUAUUGGCUUCGAUUACUUUGGUCGUACAACUACUCAGGAACAGACAGAAAUUGUCCAAGAGGCCUUUAAAGAUGUAUAUAACAACGGUUAUAUUCUGACUGAAAGUGUUGAACAAUUGUUGUGUCAAAAAUGUGAUCGGUUUUUGGCAGAUCGAUUUGUUGAAGGCACAUGUCCCCAUCCAGGCUGCGGUUAUGAAGAUGCUCGUGGUGAUCAAUGUGAUAAAUGUGGCAAAUUAGUUAAUGCCACUGAGCUGAUAAGACCCCGUUGUAAAGUUUGUAAUACUGCUCCUGUAAUACGUUCUUCCGAUCAACUGUUCCUUGAUUUACCUAAAAUUGAACCGAAAUUACGUGAAUGGAUUGAAAAAUCAGAACCGGGAUGGACGAAUAAUGCUCGUGUUAUUACAAGAUCAUGGUUGCGUGAGGGUUUGAAGCCACGCUGUAUUACUCGUGAUUUGAAAUGGGGGAUUCCAGUGCCACACAAAGGUUUCGAGAAUAAAGUAUUUUAUGUGUGGUUCGAUGCACCAUUCGGUUAUGUUUCGAUGACUAAACGAUACACGAAGGAGUUCAAGCAAUGGUGGCAGCCAGCAAAGGGUGUAGAUGUCGAACUUUUCCAAUUUAUGGCCAAGGAUAAUGUGCCAUUCCAUUCAGUGGUCUGGCCUAGUGCUUUAUUGGCUAUUAACAAGGGCAAUACGAUGGUAUCGCAUAUAAUGGCAACCGAAUAUUUGAAUUACGAGGAUGGUAAAUUCAGCAAGAGUCGUGGAAUUGGAGUCUUCGGUAAUGACGCUCAGGAUACUGGCAUACCUGCUGAUGUAUGGCGUUUCUAUUUGGCUUCUGCUCGUCCUGAAGGUCAAGAUUCAAGCUUUAGUUGGAACGAUUUGGCUGCUCGUAACAACUCAGAACUCCUCAACAACUUGGGCAACUUUGUUAACCGAGCUCUAGUCUUCUGUGAAAAGAACUUCAAUGGCAUCGUGCCCACUAUGAAUCUCACCAAUGACGAAGAAGUCCUAUUGGCGCUUAUUAAUCGUGAAUUACGCGGUUACAUUAAUUCCCUGGAGAAAGCCCGAUUGCGUGAUGGUAUUCGUCAUUUGCUAUCGAUAUCACGACAUGGUAAUGGUUACUUGCAAGCUCAACAACCUUGGGUAUUGCUAAAGGGAACCGAAGAACAAAAGGCGAGAGCUGCAACAAUUAUUGGUAUUUGCAUAAACAUUGCAUGCUGGUUGGCCAAUUUGAUAUUCCCCUAUAUGCCUUCCACUGCUCGCACUAUGUUCGAACAGUUAAAUACAAAACAAUCGUUACUUAAUGCCGAGAAACCAUUCGCUUCGAUUUUGUUGCAACCUGGUCACAAGAUUGGCAAACCAGCUCCCCUUUUUGCCAAAUUAGAGCAAGCUUUUAUUGAUGAAAUGAAAAAGAAAUAUGCCGGACCUCAAGUUAUUGCCUCGUCAGAUGCUGGACAAUCUGUUGCUGACUUGGAAAAAGCUGUCCAAGAGCAAGGUGAUAAACUGAGACAAUUGAAAACAACAACAAAAGACAAGGCAGUUUUGCAACCAGAGAUCGACAAACUUCUUGAAUUGAAGAAAAAAUUAACUGAAGCUCAAAGCAAACAAGCUUCCUCGACGGCCGGUGAUAGCAAACAGAAUGGUGGUUCAUCAGUUAAAGAUUUAGAAGCUGCAGUUCAGGCACAAGGUGAAAAGGUGCGACAACUUAAGGCUCAAACAAAAGACAAGGCAGUGUGGCAGCCAGAAGUGAACAUUCUCUUAGAUUUGAAGAAACAAUUGGCUGCAGCACAAUCUAGUGCUUCAGCACCCGCACCCUCGUCGCCUGCACCUGCUGCUGCAGUUGACGCUACUCAGGUUGCAGAACUUGAGGAUAAAAUCGCCAAACAGGGCGAGAAAGUGCGCACCCUGAAGGCUACAGGUGAUGCAGCGGUAUGGAAACCCGAAGUGGAAAUUCUAUUGUCCCUGAAGAAACAAUUGUCUGCUUUGACCGGCGUUCCCGAUGCUAGUGCUCAAGGCAAAAAUAAGAAAAAGAAGUAAACGCAUUUCAUAU